UGCUCUGUUUUCCUCUGUUUUCGUUGCUAUUGAGGCAUGGUGGUCUUAACCAAUACAACACUCGAACGAAUCACCCUCCCUGUUGCACCCAAACCCAGCACGUAUUUCUCCGGUAUUCCGGUCAUAAACCUCGCGCAACCGGGCUCGGAAACCCUCCUAGUGAGAGCCUGCGAGGAGCUAGGGUUCUUCAAGGUCACCAACCAUGGGAUUCCCAUGGAACUCAUAGCUAGGCUGGAGGAGGAGGCUGUGAAGUUCUUCUCCCUCGCCCAAGUGGAAAAAGAACGAGCAGGGACAGGUAAUCCAUUAGGUUAUGGAAACAAGACCAUUGGCCAUACUGGAGAUGUGGGCUGGGUGGAGUACCUCCUCUUUGAUGUCACUUCCAAGCCUAUGUCUCACACUGCACUAGCCUUUCUCGAAGAACCUUCAGCAAGCUCCUUAUGCUCUGCUUUGAAUGAGUAUGUCUCAGCUAUGAGGAAGCUGGUCUGUGAGGUUUUAGAGUUGAUGGCUGAAGGGCUAAGGGUUCAGCCAAGAAAUAUUUUGAGCAAGCUGGUCAUGGAUGAGGAGAGUGACUCGAUAUUAAGGUUGAAUCACUACCCUCCAUGCCCCCACCUUCCAGAGCUGGACAGCAGCCUGACUGGAUUUGGAGAGCACACAGACCCACAGAUUAUUUCAAUUUUAAGGUCAAACAACACCUCGGGGCUGCAAAUAUAUCUGAGGGAUGGGAGUUGGGUUACGGUUCCACCUGACCAGGAUUCCUUUUUCAUUAAUGUUGGUGACUCCUUGCAGGUUCUGACCAAUGGGAGAUUCAGGAGUGUGAAGCACAGGGUUUUGGCCCACGGUUUGAAAUCCAGGGUCUCCAUGAUCUACUUCGGAGGGCCACCUUCUGGAGAGAGACUGGCACCCUUGCCACUGUUGAUGGGAGAGGGAGAGGAGAGCCUCUAUAGGGAGUUCACAUGGUGCGAGUACAAGAGCUUCGCCCAUGGAACAAGGCUGACUGAUAACAGGCUGGGGCAGUUCCAGCGGUAGGAGGGUCACCGCUGAUAUCUCUGAUGCAUCGGCUUUCUUUAAAUGGCCCAACAUUGAUGGCCCUGGUCAAAAAGAAGUCUCCCGAAGUUAACCCACGCUUCCCUGCCAAGUGCCAACUAAAGAAGGAAACAAAAAGAUGUUACCUUUCUCUUUGUUUAAUCCUUUCCAUCCUCCCCUUCCUUUCUUCUAUGCUGACAACCCAUUUACUUUUGCAUGGAUUCCAUGGAAUCACAAAAUCUAAUUAAAUGGGGCGUCGAUUUCAGGUUGUACCAAACAAAUGAUGUGUCUGGUUAUCAUGGGACAUCUAAAUACAAACAAGUUAUAUUUUAUUAUGGUUUUAAGAAGAUUAUAAUACACGAUUUCGCUUGGCUAA